CACCCAUUACAAAAAGAUAUUGUUUCUUUUCUCUCGAGCCCCAUCCGCCUGCCUCCCAUUGCGAGCCCCUCCGCCUCCCUCCCUUGCCGUAGCCGCAGCCUCUCCCCUGCGCCGCAACCGCUCCCCUGCGCCGCCGCGAUUCUCCUCCGCCGCCGCUCCGCUGCGCCACCGCAGCUCCCCUACGCCGCCGCAUAUCUCAUCCACCACCGCUCCCCUAUGCCGCCGCGGUUCUCCUCCGUCGCCGCUCCCCUGCGCCGCCGCGGGUCUCAUCCACCGCCGCUCCCCUCCGCCGCCGCGGCUCGUCUCCACCGCCACGGCUCGCCUCCACUGCCGCUCCGCUGCGGCGCCGUGGCACUCCUCCGCCGCCGCUCCCCUACGCCACCGCAGCUCCCUUCGCCGCCAGCACCACGAAGUCGCCGUGCGCGGCGCACUCGAACCCGCGCCCAGCCUCGGCCAUCGCGAGCUGCGCGUGCACGUCGGGCGGCAUCCGCGCCACCUCGGUCCACGUGCUCUUCUCGACGGCCAUGACCAGGGCCACCCUCGUCUCGCGCUCCAUGCCGCCGCCGAGCUGCACGAGCAGGAACCUCCUCAUCAGCGGCUGCACCUUGCUCCAGUCGUUGGCAGCCACGUCGAACACAAUCAACGCAUUCACACAGGCACAUGCUUCACACCUUCACACCUACCAAGGCAGGAACUCAAAAGACUCCUCAAGAUCUGCUUCCUGUCUGAAUUUCAUCUCAAGGCCAUAUAAAAAAAAACCAACAUUUCCAUGGGUAACACAGUAAGGAAAAAUAAAAGCCCCGGGUCCUUCCUCCCCUCGCAGCGCGGCGCAGACAAUGGCGAAGCCGGCGCCCGCGGAGGAGGACGCGGCGGCGCUGCGGAGGCGGCUGCGGCGGUCCCUGGCGGCCGUGGCCGCGGGCGGCGCCGCAGCGGACGUGUACGACGAGGCGGCCGCGGCGCUCGAGGCGCUGAGGGAGGCGGAGCUCGGGACCGGAGGGAGGAAGGGCGGCGGCGGCGGAGGCGGGGAGGGGAGGCGGCCCGCUGCGGAGGGGGGAGAGGAGAAGGAAGCCGUCCCUGUGCCACCGCAGUUCCUGUGCCCGAUCUCGUCCAUGGUCAUGAGCGACCCCGUCAUCGUCGCGUCUGGGCAGACCUAUGACCGUCGAUCCAUUGAGGAGUGGUUCAGUGCAGGAAACCAAUUGUGCCCACAGACUCAGCAAGCUCUUCUGGACACAACUCUAAUUCCUAAUCACCUUGUUCGAAGCAUGAUAUUACAGUGGUGCACAGAGAACAGAUUUAAUCUGCCACCAGUUGAGAACCAAGAGGAAAACAAUGUUACCAACAGUGACCAAAAGACAUUUGAUGAAAUAUUCAAAAAAAUCACUUCCUCAGCAAAAAGUACUGAAAUGAGGCAAGCAAUCAAGGAUCUUCGACUGAUUACAAAGCAGAACAGCGAUUUCAGAGCUGUUUUAGGAGAGAGGCCGGAUUACAUCUCACGAAUGAUCUUUGCUCGAUCCACCCCAGGAUUGCAAAACGAUCCACAAGUUCUGGAGGACAUGGUGACUAUAAUUCUCAACUUUUCACUUCAUGAAAGUAACAAGAAGGUUAUUGGAGAUGACCCAGAAGCAGUCCCUUUUCUGAUAUGGGCAUUAAAAUCGGGAGAUAUGGGGAGCCGUGGCAACUCUGCAGCUGCCAUCUUCACUCUGUCAGCACUCGACUCCAACAAGGUGAAAAUCGGGGAGCUUGGGGCAAUGGGACCUUUGGUUGAUCUUCUCGACAAUGGCAAUAUCAUAGCAAAGAAAGACGCAGCAUCAGCAAUUUUCAAUCUUUGUCUGCUCCACGAGAACAAGUCAAGAGCUCAAAAAAAUGGGAUUGUGGAUGUAGCAAUGAGAGCCAUCGAUGAUCAGUUACUUGUCGAUGGGUCCCUGGCUAUACUGGCUUUGCUAUCGAACAACCAUGAGGUGGUGGAGAUGAUCACCGAGUUUGACGGCACUGCUUGCAUGCUCCGUGCAAUAAGGGAGAGUGAGUGCAGCCGCAGCAAAGAGAACGCGGUGGUGGUUCUCUUCGCGAUCUGCAUGUUCAACCGGACGAAGCUGAAGGAGGUCGAGGCUGAUGAGAAGGUAAACGGCUCACUGGCUUUGCUCGCUCAGAGUGGAACCUCAAGGGCGAGGAGGAAGGCUGUGGGGAUCCUUGAGAAGAUGAAGAGGAACAUGCACAACAGGCAUAGUUCCUGCUAGGGUCUGACAAUAAAGUUGCCGCUAAAGGAAAGAAAGAGGGUCUUCAUUUGGCGUAUAGAUAUCAUAAUACAUAAGUAUAGUAGCUAUUUUCCCGUUUCAGUGUACAGGCAUGUUGAAGAUGCAGAGCUAGUUGUAAAGGUUUUGUCUUUGUUGGAACUGUCGGUUCUUGGUCAUUUUGAACGUAAGCCGUAGCUUAUGCUCAAAAUUUUGCUUAAAUAGUAGUUACUUCUUUUUGUUACUAGAAAUUUCUUUUGGCGACAAACUUAUCUUGGUGCGUGCGUCAGGUAGCUUUCAGACAAUUUGGGAUGGUAAUUUAAAUUUC